AUGGCAUCCAAAUUGACUCUGGACGGCGGGAUCGCCCUGGCCGCAAGUGGCAUCGGAAAAGAAACUGUCCUUGCUUUUGCAGAAGCCGGUGCCAGGGGAGUUGUACUCGCAGACGUCAAGAUUGAAGGCAUCGAAGCAGCCGCCGAGGAGAGCCGGAAGUGUGGUAAGCACGCGAACUACCGAGCACUUGCCAUCAAAGUCGACAUUACCGAUCCCGAGAGUGUACAGCACCUCGUAGCCUCGACAGUGAGGGAGUUUGGACGCAUCGACUAUGCCGUCAACUGUGCUGGCGUAAGCUUUCUCAAUACCCGGCGCGGUCACUGGAAGGGCGCUGACCAUGUCUUCUCUGAGGUUAUCGACACGAACAUGGCGGGCGCGGUACGGUUUGUCCGAGCUGCUAUGGCGGCAAUGGCCCAGCAGGAACCGCUCACAUUCACUGGUCGUCAUGGGUUGCGUAGCCUUGGGAAAGGUUCCAUUGACGUCCUGGGCUCCACAAGCUCGCUAGCUGGGAUACCGGGGAUGAUCUCGUAUACAACGUCAAAGCAUGUCGUCAUCGGUCUGGUAAAGUCUGCCGCUGUCGAUGCCUUGGCCCUGCAAAGCGCCAUCCGCGUGAAUGCCGUCUGUCCCUGCUGGGUCGACACGCCCAUGGUUCAGCUUGGCAUUGAAAAGAACCCAAUGCUCAAGCCUGUCAUUGACAAUCUUACUCCACUAAAGCGGGCUGCCUCUGUUGACGAAGUGGCUGACUACAUCAUCUUUCUGUCCAGUCCAUAUACAAGCUUCAUUAACGGCAUCGCUUUGUCUAUUGAUGCUGGGCUCACCUUACCCACGCCUCCUUCGCUUCCGCUAUCUUGA